ACCUAGCUGGAGAUCCCCUGCAUUGCCUGCAAUCCGAUUGAUAGGGACACAGCACGCACAUGCGGCGGUCAGCAUCCCGGACCCGGCGCGCAAGACAGACAAGAGGCUAGACAUAAAUGCACAAAUAGCAUCAUGCUGGGCUGGCCGUCAGGCAAGCGAUUAGAGAAUCGGCCUUGACAUAAGCUGACAAACAUCACUCUCUCCGCCAACAGGAACCGUGGCUCUCGCACAUGUCGACCCCUCGCAUGCAGCGCGGCGACACGCAGGAUUCGUCCUCCCUCCAACACCCGUCCACCCCGUCGCGUAACGAUGGCCUCGCGCCGAACCCGACCCAUGCCUCCUUCUCUCCGGCGACGCUGAGCUCCGCCGAGCCCAGCGCCACAUCGGCGGCUAAGAGGAGGAGCACCAUUCUGGUGCACCAGAAAUCCCCGUUACUGCUUGCCACGCCGCCGCAGAUCACGCGCGCAUUGGCAUAUAGCCACCCGUUUCUGCUGCCGCUGAACAAGCUUGUGGGGCUGCUGACAUGGACCACGGGAGACCCAUGGGAGAGCUUCCUGUUGCUGACGGGGUUCUGGGCCGCGGUGCUAUACGGGGAUAUCGUGAUCCGCAUGGCCGGACCCCUUGUACUCGUCCUGGUCCUGAUCGGUGGCAUGUAUGGCCGACGCUUCAGUCCGCUGAGUAGCAGCGGAUGGAGCGAACCCGGUCCCGGCGCCGGGGAUGGGACUGCUCUCCAGGCCGAGGGAAAGGCUGCCAAGGCAGGGCGACGGAAUAAGAAUCCGUCGGUUGAUGGGGUGCCAGACAAGAACAACAAGGGCGGGAACAGCAAUGGGGGAACGGGGCGCCAGGUUGGUCACACGAGGAAUCAGGGCUCGAUAUCCGAGGUCACAAACACACGCCAUCAGAAGACACUGGACGAGAUUGUCGAGACACUACGCGAGUUCACCGCAAGAUGUAACAUACUGCUGGAACCGCUCCUCGAGCUGACCGACUUCCUCAGCACUCAGCGUACGCCGACGUCGGCGACCACGCGGCCGGCGCUCACAACGCUUUUCGUCCGCAUUCUCAUCUGCACGCCCUUCUGGUUCCUUCUCACCAUCCCCCCUCUCCGCAUCAUCACCACCCGCCGCGUUAUCCUCAUCCUGGGCACUAUCCUCUUAACUUGGCAUGCCCGCGUCAUCCGGGUAACACGCGUCAUCCUCUGGCGGAGUGCGACCAUUCGGCGGUUCCUAGCCCUCGUCACAGGCCUGCAAUUCGCGGGUCUGGCCAAGACGCAAUCCACUCCGCCAACCACAGCAACCGAGCCGGCCGGCGUCGCAUCCACAGCCAAGUCCAAAACUCCCUCCUCCAACCCCACGGCGCUCAAGACGCAGGGCGAGUCAGAGUUGACAAAGGCCCUCCGUCGCGAGCGCGGCGGCCGUGGAACGGGCGUGCGUUUUACCUUCAUCAUCUAUGAGAACCAACGGCGAUGGGUUGGACUUGGGUGGACGACGAACCUCUUCGCUUAUGAGAGAGCGGCGUGGACCGACGAGCACAACAAUCCGGUGCCGCCGAAGGAUGAAUUCGAGUUACCGGAGGUCGAGGACGGGAGCAACAUGCGCUGGCAGUGGACGGAAGGAUCGAGGUGGCGGGUGGAUGGCGUGCUGGACGAGGCCGUCAUGCCGACUGAUGACAAGCAGGUUGGAUGGGAUUACGACGGUCCCGGGGGGAGAAUGGGGUGGAUUUAUUACGACAACAAGUGGCAGAACGGCCGGCGAGGCCAAGACAGCUGGGGUCGCUGGACGCGGCGGAGAAAGUGGUACCGCGACGCCGAACUCGUCGAAGCAGACGACAUCCCCGAAGGGGAACCCGCCAACAGCGCCGCCGGUACGCCCGCCCACUCCAAGACCCCUAUCCAAACCCCAGCACAGCCGCCCAGACCGCCCGGAUUAACACCUACCCCGGCCAUCCCCACAGUCGACUUGACCCCGUCCUCGCCAGACGUAGCCUUCUUUCCACCAGCCGCAACCCAACCGCGGCAGACCCAGCAGCCCGGUUCAAGCGGCCGAGAGCAAGAGAGCAAAGACUAUGAGCUGGAACGAGAGGAGGAGUACGACACCGCCUCGAUCCUCUCGACAUCAAGCCGCUCGGCGCGGUUCAGACCACCGAGCCUGCGGCGUCGCAUCACGGAUAGCUCGCACCGCAGCUCCCGCAGCAGGAGGACGAGCCUGAGCAUCGCGGCUAGCAGCGAGGACGACGCUGCCAUGCUGGGGACACAGACAAGGAUGGCGCUGGAGGAGACCGGGGCCGAGGCGGGGAGCUGGGGGGUGGGCGAUGACGUCCGCAUGGGCUUGGAGUAGCGGUCGCCGCCCGGAAGCGGAUUGGUGAGGGGCCUAAGUGUAAGAUUAUCGUGUCUAUGUCUACAACCAGG